AUGCUGCCGCCAGAGCUCAUCACUGCGUGCCUCCAAGCCCUCGACCCGGCCAGCCCCGACACCGUACCGACCCUCCUCGCCGCCUCGCUCGCCUCGUCCACUUUCCGCUCGAUCGCGCGCUCCUCGGUCCUGUGGCGACCCAUCGCCGACGAGCGGUACCACCAGCACCGCCCACCCUCGACCGCUGCCGGCACCCCGCCCUUCCACGCCGAGGCGUUCGCCUACACGGCGCACCGAGCCCGCAAGGAGGUCCGCUCGCGCUCGCUCGUGCGCGACCUGCAGCGCCCUCGACACCGCCUCGAGCUCGCCCACGAGCUCCGCACCGAGCUCGGCAUCGACGUCGUCGAGUCGCGCCUGAGCGCACCCGACCAGUUCACCGAGCACUCGCGCCCGGAGAGCUGGCUCUCGCUCCGGCACUGGGCCGGCGAGCAGCGCCGCCUCCUCCUGCGCGACGAGGCCAUCGAUGUCUGGCGCGGCAUCGCCGAGCGCGACGCCCGAGGCGCCGAGGCGCCCGACGACUACGAGCGCGGCCUGAACGCGUUCGCCGCUUUUCGAGGACUCGACCCGGCGAGGCUCGCUCGCGACCGGUUCGACCUCGAGCGCAACCACCCGCGACUUCUCGAGUCGACGAGGUCGCUCCCGUUCGAGGGCGCCAAGCGCCUCGAGUGGCUCGCGCGCGAGGUCGUCGAGUACAUGUCGAGCAUCGGCCUCAAGAAGGCUCCCGACGGCGCGUUCCACAACCUGGACAACCACUACGUCGAGCUCAUCUGGCGACGCGCCAACACGCCCGACCCGGUCGACAACGAGGGUACCCUCCCGAUGACGCUCGUGUCUAUCUUCGUCGCCCUUAUCGGCCGCCUGCCCGUUGCUCGCGAGCUCAAGAUUCGCGCCAGGCCCGUCGGGUUCCCGGGCACCCUUCUCGCCAUGCUCCGGUACGACGACGACGACGGCGGCACCGGCGACAGCCACGACGACUCGGUCUACAUCAACGUGUACGGCGACGGGCGGCUCCUGAGCGCCGACAAGCUGCGCGACAUGCUGCGCUCGAUGGGUCAACCCGUGUCGGUCGAGUUCCUCAAGCCUGCGUCCGCUCGCGAGAUGUGUCUCCGAGUCGGGCGCAACAUCCUCACGUCGAUCCGCGCCGGCGACCAGUCGAUCGGCGUCCCGAUCUCGCACGAGACGGCGACAGCGUCGCUGUACUCGGUCGCGCACGCCCUGUUCAUCCUCACCGAGCCGCUCGGCGGCGACCGGGCCGUGCCCGUCGCGAGGGGCACCGAGCAGUUUGCCGAGUGGGUGCGCUCGCUCAUCCAGAGCGAGUUCCCGCUCGACGUCGUCCACCUCGAGACGAGGGUCGCGCCCGUCCUCGGUGCGACGCUGCGGCACAGCAUGCUCGAGCUGUGCGCCGCCAUCAAGGACGAGGACGCGUCGGCGCCCGAGCCCAAGCUCGUCAACGGCGUCAUCCGCCACCGCAUCGGCCACGUCUUUACCCACCGCCUGUUUGGCUACGACGCGGCCGUGCGUGGGUGGGACUACAAGUGCGAGGCGUCCGAGCAGUGGAUCCGGCAGAUGCGCGUCGACACGCUCCCGUACGGCCGCAGCCAGCCGUUCUACCACGUCGUCGUGUCGGACGGCAGCGCGCGGUACGUCGCGCAGGAGAACGUGACCGAGGUGCCCGUCGCCGACGACGUCGUCGAGCGCUUCAUGGACCUCGAAGGGUUCGGGAGGUACUUUCGCAAACGCGAGCGGCGCGAGGGCGACGGCCGGUGGUGUUUCGUCCCGAGUCAGGAGGUCGAGGCAGAGUACCCGGACUCGUAG